GACGACGGGAACUGUUGCAGAAAAAGAAGCGUAGCGCCACCAUAACUGGUGAAUCCCGCCGCCGCACCCCUUCCUCAUCAUAUUUCAUUGCUCAUGGCUCAAACUAGUUCACAUGCCGCCGCCACCUCACCCCUGAGACCAGUCAAGGCGGCGUAUUUCGCCGCCUAUUCCCCCUUCCCCCUCUUAUUUUUCGCUGCUCCUUAGCGUCCACUGUGAAUUCAUUUCAGGCGAAACCUAGUGAAGAUUGUCCAUUUGUAUUGUUUCUGUUUCAAUUUUAUGAUCGAGAAGAUGUCCGUUUCUACAAAGCAGAAAAACAGACAAUUGUAGUCUAGCCAAUAAUAAUUAGCAAAAUAAUGUAAUUGCUCGCAGAAUGGUUUUGAAUCAUCAAUAGUCUGACUGACAAUAGAUUUUAAGCAGUAUAAUUUCAGAGUAAGGUUUUUAGUGUUUGAUAGCAUGUGAAAUUCUGUAAAUAUGGCAUGAAACUGCUGAUUUCCUUUUCUCCUUCUAGUUUUAAUAUUUCAGAAUUUCUAAACUCUAGAUACUGACUCCCCAGAGAUGAGCAGAACUUUCCAUAUUUUCGUUAUAUGUUAUGCAUACUCACAUUUCUGCCCUGCUUUCUAGAGUCUGUCUUGUUUAUCCCACUGUUUAAUUAAAAUCCAAUAAUGUUAAUUUUUGCUUUCUCAGGGAUCCUAUGGAUCAGCUGAAGAUGAUUCUCCUAUGUUGUGAUACCGAAAAUAAACUCAGAAAAAAGAACCAGAAGGCACUUGUGUUAUAUGCUUGAGACUACUGUUUGGUCAUGCAUUUUCUCCUCUUCUGGCUACAAUGCAGAAACAUGAGUGAUGCUGGUGCCCCAGAUUCAUCCUUUGUUGAGAACUUGAAGAAAUUUCUGAAGAAGUACGGUGCUGAGCUUCUCAAACCCUAUCAUUUUACAGAAGAGCUUAUUAAAAGACUUGAUAAUUUGGAGUAUCUUUUAUUAAAAACACCUCUAGAGCACAAGAAACUGGUGGAGGCUUUUCUUCAACCGUCUAAAGAAGCUCUAAUUACAGAGGAUCUUAUAAAGCACAAUAAAUUAGAUAUAAUAGUUUCAGUGGCCUCUUGUAUCAGUCUGAUCAUAAAGAUAUUAGCACCUGAUGAAUCAUUUGGGGACGACAGUAUGAAGGAGUUUUUCUAUAUUGCUAAUAGUGCUUUUGAGAGGUUGCCUUUCAUGCAUGGGCGAGUAUAUUCAAAAGUCGUGUCUAUCCUUAAAUCUAUGUCACUUAGUCAGUCAUGCGUGAUGAUGCUGGACCUCGAGUUGUAUAACACUAUUGAUCACAUGUUUCACCUAUUCUUAAAUGGAAUUAGAACUGAACAUCCUCAUGAAGUUUUCAUAAGUAUGGAGAAAAUUAUGAUGACGAUCAUUCACAAUAAUGUGGACAAUGAUAAGUUCUCAUUGGUGCUUGUUAAGAUCCUUCUUAAUAAUUUGAGAAGGGAGAAUCAGAAUGUUGCACCAGUUUCUUUCAAGCUGGCAGAGAACACAUUGAAGAAUUGCUCUUCUGACCUCAAAACAUAUCUUCCAGAAGCAGUAAGAUGUUUAGAUGUUCCAAUUGAGGAUUAUGCUGAAGCAGUUGUAUCACUUUUUCAGGAUGUAACCCAAAAGCACAUAAUGGGCUCAAACGAUACUGUUGAAAAUGUUUCAUAUCCGGGCAAAUCUGGAUUAGAAACAGAAGCUGAUUUAUGUAACUUAAGUGAGGGCAAUGGAACACAAAAUUCAAAAAACAAACUGUACUAUGAAAAUCAAGGGGUGACAUCUCAUUGUUUUGAUGAUCCUGAUGAAGCAGGCAAAGCAAUGCACGGGCAACAGGAACAAAAACCCGAAGAAUUGCAUAUUGGGAGAAAAAGAAUUCGAAGACCAAGUUCUCUACAGAAAGCAGAGGAGGGCUAUGAUCCUUUCUGGAUGUUGAUUGAUUGGAAGUCGAUGAAGUCUGUUCAUAAAAAGAAUAAGAACAUUAAUUUUCCAGCAAAAACCAAAACCUAGGGAACCACUGUCCGAUAUUUGUGUAGUAAAUUUAAUAUUUGUGUAGUAAAUUUAAUAAAUAAUAAUGCAAUGAGAUAGUGCUCUUACUAUACCUAGGGAACCACUGUCCGAUAAGAUGAAAUCAUUUUUAUUCAUGUGGUAGUUACAAUUCUCUCUGAUACCCUUGCGAAUCAAUUAUGGUCCUUUUCUUGUUAGCCGUGAUUGAUGAUUUUGCCACUAUCUCUAAAUCAAAAACCAACCAGCUAACAUGAUAUGAUUGCAUCUUGAUGGAAUACAGAGACGCUCUGGAAAAGGGAAAAGGCCUUUGAUGAAGGGAUCUCCUGUGAAGAAAAGCAGGAGAAAGGCUGUUGAUGCUGAAGACUUAAACGAAGAUACCAUGAACCACUCUGAAAAAGGGCAAGGGUCUUUCACGAAGGUAUCUCUUGUGAAGAAAAGCAGGAGAAAGACUGUCAUUUCUGAAUACCUAAAAGAAGAUAUCAUGAUACUGGCUUCUAAAUGUAGGCAUGUGUCUUCACAAGAUGAAACCCGAUCUGUUGAAGUAUCUAAGCAAAACCAAAAAGGAAGUGCGCCACGUCCAAGGAAGAGAUAAUAAUCUGCCGUCGACCCGCGAUCCUGUGGAUCAGCUGAAGAUGAUUGUCCUAUGUUGUGGUACGGAAAAUAAACUCAGAAAAAAGAACCAGAAGGGACUUGUGUUAUAUGCUUGAGAAUACUGUUUGUUCAUGCAUUUUCUCCUCUCCUGGCUACAAUGGUAUCGCUCUGCGGAAUUUCUAUUUCUCUGAGAUAGGACUUCAUUCUCUCAGCAGAAACAUGAGUGAUGCUGGUGCCCCAGAUUCAUCACUUGUUGAGAAGUUGAAGAAAUUUCUAAUGAAGUACGGGGUUGAGCUUCAUAAACCCUAUGAUUGUACAGAAGAGCUUAUUAAAAGACUUGAUAGCUGCAAGCGAAUCUGUUGGUGAAGAGAUGGUCGGAUGCAGGAUAAAGGUUUGGUGGCCUCUUGAUCAGACGUUUUACAAAGGCAAAAUUAUGGCUUUUGACGACUUUUCCACCAGGUUGAUUAUGAUGAUGGUAAAAUCGAAAUAUUAAAUUUGGCAACAGAACGGUGGGAGCUUCUACAUGAGCCAGAGAUGGGUGCAGAUCCCAGUUCUUGUAAAGCGAAAUAAGCUUCUUUUUUUAUGAUUCUGCACCUUAUUACUUUGCUAUGUUUUCUGAACACUAAACUAGCUGGAUCUAAUUAUCUAAUUAGUAUUGGAGUGAUCGCAUCUGAUGUACAAUUAAUCAUAAACCUGUCCAUUUUUCAUUCCCUA